AGAAUCACAACCGCCUCAAUGAGUACAUCGCCCAUUACGAGCCUCUGUCCUACGAUCACCGGGACGUCCACAAGGCCCAUCUCAGGGCGAGGAGGUCGGUGGUCAAGGAUAAUGCCGUCCACUUAUCGUUCGCCGCGCACGGCCGCAACUUCAACCUGCGACUCAAGAGGGACUUAGCAGUGUUCAGUGAUAAUUUGGAGGUCCACGGAACGGACGGGAAGCCCAUACAAGUGGAUUCCUCACAUAUUUACCAUGGACACAUCGUCGGCGAUUCGGAUAGUUCGGUGUUCGGUUCAGUGAUGGACGGCGUCUUCGAGGGUAAAAUCAUAACGAACAAGGAUUCGUAUUACGUGGAGAAGGCGCACCACUACUUUCCGCACGACCUCCAUCCGAACAGGACGUUCCAUUCUGUGAUUUACAAGGAGCACCACGUCGACGAUCCCUACAAGAAUGAGCGUGAAGGGCAUUCCGGUGGUUGCGGCAUAAACGACGAGGUGUCCCAAUGGAUGGACUCGAUACAGAACGGCGUGGAGGAUGAGGCUCCGCCGAAGACGAAGAGGUUCAGAGAAAACAAGAAAACUGCCAAAAAAACCUCAUCGUCUUCAUCCACUGCUACUACUUCUUCAUACUUGGAGGAUAAUAGAGAGGACGACAUUAGUAAAUAUUCGAGGGAGGCGAACGAGGCGCCUCAUAAUAGUAGAUUUCGCAGGGCGACCAGAAGGGACGAGAACAAAAAGACCUGCUCGCUGUUCAUCCAAACUGAUCCCCUCAUCUGGAGGCACAUACGGGAAGGAUUCCCCGAGCAUUUGGAUCCGCGGAAGGAAGCUGAAGUGAACGAGAAGACGAGGGAGGAGAUUCUGUCGCUCAUCGCGCAUCACGUCACUGCCGUUAAUUAUAUUUAUCGUGAUACGAAAUUCGAUGGACGCGUCGAGCACAGGGAUAUAAAGUUCGAGGUGCAGAGGAUAAAGAUCGACGACGACUCGUCUUGCCGCUGCGUACACUGCGAGAUCAAUCAGUUCUGCAUGGAGAACAUCGACGUGAGCAAUUUCCUGAAUAUCCAUUCGUUAGGGAAUCACGAGGACUUUUGCCUCGCGUACGUCUUCACGUACCGCGAUUUCACCGGAGGCACCUUGGGGUUGGCCUGGGUGGCAUCAGCGUCGGGAGCUUCCGGAGGGAUCUGCGAAAAGUACAAGACUUACACGGAGACGAUCGGAGGGAUGUACCAAAGCACGAAGCGCUCUCUGAACACCGGUAUAAUCACGUUCGUCAACUACAACAGUCGGGUGCCGCCGAAGGUUUCGCAGCUCACGUUAGCUCACGAGAUCGGUCACAAUUUUGGAUCACCCCACGAUUAUCCGCCGGAAUGCAGACCGGGUGGACUGAACGGAAACUUUAUUAUGUUCGCGUCCGCGACGAGCGGAGAUCGUCCGAACAACAGCAAGUUCUCCAGCUGCAGCGUCGGGAACAUCUCGAAUGUCCUGGACGCGAUCAACGACAGCAAGAAGAGGAAUUGUUUCACCGCUUCCGCGGGUGCUUUCUGCGGCAACAAGAUUGUUGAGGCUGGAGAGGAAUGCGACUGUGGAUACGACGACAAGGAAUGCCACGACAGUUGCUGCUAUCCGAGGAUCGUGAGCGCGGAGGAUCGCAAGUUGAACUCGAGCGCGAAAGGGUGUCAACGGAGAGCAGGGACCCAGUGCAGUCCGAGUCAAGGGCCAUGCUGCAGCGGCGACACCUGCCAUUUCAUACCAGCGUGGAAGAUGGAGGUGUGCAAAACGGAAUCGGACUGCUCCAGGUCAUCGAAAUGCAACGGGCUUUCGGCGGAGUGUCCCGCACCGAGUCCGAGACCUGACAAGACGAGAUGCAACAACGGCACUCAACUGUGCAUCGCCGGUGAUUGCAGCGGUUCCAUCUGCUUGGAGUGGAAUCUCACUGCUUGCUCGCUGACAUCGCAGGACACACCUAACAUUGACAAGAGGCAGCUGUGCGAGUUGGCGUGCCAGAACGGCACGGACAAGUGUCGGAGUACCAGCGAAUUCGCGCAUCUUGUCGGACUUCCGCCUGGCGGUAUCAGCUUAAGGCCCGGCUCUCCCUGCGACAACUUCCAGGGAUACUGCGAUGUGUUCCUGAAAUGCCGAGCGGUGGACGCGGACGGUCCCCUGGUGCGGCUCAUGAAUCUUCUCUUCAACAAAGAAACUCUCCUGACGGUUGCCCAAUGGAUCACGGAGUACUGGUGGGCCGUCCUCCUCAUGGGAAUCCUCUUCAUUAUAUUCAUGGGACUCUUCAUCAAGUGCUGCGCGGUGCACACUCCCUCCUCGAAUCCAAAGAAACCUCCAGCUAGACGCAUCAGCGAAACGUUGCGUCGACCCAUGAACACGCUACGGCGAAUGCGGAAUCAUCACAGCGGCGGAGGCGUACAUCAUCCUGGUGGACACAGUGCCGGACAUCCGGGACAGGUCCGGAGGGGCGAAAGAUCUAGUCGGCCCACGGGCAGCCACGGACCCCGACACGGGUACGGGGAGGGCAGGGGACAGCAGUACGCCCCCAAAGAUUAUUAUCCAGUAGCAACUGCACCCCCAGGUCGAUCGCACGCGUACGCCGGUGCCUAUAGGAACACGUUCGAGAUGCAGAAGGUCUGACAGGACGGUGGGGCCAGGGAAACGACCCGGGUAUCGCCACCUCCAGAAUACCCGGGUGGACCCAUGGCCAACAUCCAGUUCGAAGGUCCGCCCUUCAAUUCGGCCCCCAUCACAAACAACACCACCACUUCAACCAAUAACAACAACAACAACAUUAACCGCCCAGGAACCUCCUCCACCAGCAAUAAUCUUUCAGGCGAGAGGACUUAGAAGGAGGAAACCAGCAACAGGAGAAGAAGAGAGACGAUUCAAAAAAGGAAGAUGAAGAAGGAAAUGAAGGUCCAGCUGUGAUUGCUACACGAGAACUGAAAGAAAAUAACAUGAAAAUCCAACAUAGAAUAACAACAACAAUAACAUACGAAAGACUCGAUUUUUUUAGUGCGUGUAGUGCGAACCAAAUCUACGGUCAAAACAAAACAAAACAAAGAAAGAUCGCGAUUCUUUCGAGAAACAAAAGAAAAACGGGUGCAUUCGAAUUUUUAGUCACCUUUUUUAAACAAAAAUAUUAUAUAUAUAUAUUAUUUUGUUUCUAUUUAGAGAGAAAAGCAAAAUAUU